AGAGAAAAAGAAAGAGAAAGAAAAUGAUUAAAUGAAACAUUGGUUUCUGUCAUAGUCAUUUGAAUGUAUUAAGGCUGCACAGGUCACUUCCGCAUGCAUGUCUUAAGGGAGGAGAACGGUCAAAGUUUAGCCUGAAAAGUCAACAUACAGUCAGGGUGAAGAUGAAGGACCAGCUCAGCACCUGCACCUACAACCUGCUGUACCAGGAUCUGAAGAGAUUCUCAAAAAAUGGAGACUUUUUCUGCAAAGAGCUUUUAACGUUAUUUCAACAAAGAUCCGAGCUGGAAACCAACUAUGCCAAAGGGCUGCAGAAACUGGCAGGAAAACUCAUCAACAUGUCCAAAGCAAUGGGUAGCAACUCAACCUACAGCGCAUGGUCCCUCGUCUCUAAUGAGAUGUUCUCGGCAGCGGAUGCACACAGAAUACUGGGGCAAGCUCUUCAGCAAGACUCCACUCUGGAAGUUCGUCAAAUUCUGGAUGAACACACCAGGAGAAAAAAACCAAUGGAUAAUGCCAUUGAAAAAUCAGGGAAGCUCUUUAUAACAAAUUGGAGUGAUCAGCUGAAGAUGAAGAAAAAGCUGGCCGGCUUGACCAGAGAGCACGAGGCCCUUUUCAACUUUGUGGAAAAGAACAAGCACAUUUGCACAGAGAAAGAGAAGCAGAAGAUGCUUAACAGAUUGACAAAAUCAGCAGAGCUUCAAGCCAGAGUGGAUGAGGACUAUUUCAAUAUGAACAUGGAGGGCCAUCGGAGUAGACUGAAGUGGGAGAACACACUCAAAAGCUGCUAUCAGAUUGUUCAGGAGCUUGAGAAACAAAGGAUAGAGGUUCUGUGCAACACUCUGAACAAGUACAGUCUCUACAUGUCCAGCUACAACCAAACCCUUGCACAUAGUCAGAAACAGAUUGAGCAGGCCAUCAGGAGAGUGGAUGUGGAGAAGGACAUCCAGACUUUGGUGCAAGACACCUGUGUUACGGCAGAUAAUAACAAGGCUGAAUUCCUCAUGGCUGAUUAUUUUGAGGAGGAUGGGAAGACAGUAAUGGGAAGAGAAAGAAGGAGCGAGGCGUUAAAGGUUAAACUGGAGCGCCUGCAGGAAUGCAUCACUAAAACAAAAAAAGACAAAGAAGGGCUAGAGAAAAUGGCGAUGAUAUACUCUAAAAGUACGUCAUACCCAAGUAAAAAAAACCUGGAGGAAACUGAGCAGCUGCUUGACGAGUCCACUUUAAAACUAGACCUUCUGGAGGCCACGCACUACAAACUGAACCGAAUCUUGAUGGAUUUAGAGGGAAAACCAAAACCUUCACAUCGAUUCUGUGACAGCAUCACAAAAGUCAAAGAUAAGGAUUGUGAGCACAGUAUAGUCAGACUGUCACGGCCCAUUAAGUUGAAAAAAACACCACUUGUAUCACGGCAAUCUUUGAGAACAUCUAUCAUUUAUAAGGGUCCCGGUAAAAACGAGGCCCCCCAUGCGGACCCUGGUCCUUCUGCACACUUCAGCAGUGGACCAGCAGAAGUGAGCCACCACCCAGAACAGCAGCAUAAAUCUGAGCUAAACGGAGCUUUUCAUUCUGCUGACGAGGAUCCCAGUGAAGAUGUCAAGUAUUGCAGUGUAGGCAAAUGCAAGGCGUUGUAUGACUUUUCAUCAGAGAGAGCUGAUGAGUUACACAUUAAAGAAGGAGAUCUACUCAACAUACUGCAAAAGGAUAACAAUGGAUGGUGGUAUGGAGAACUGAAGGGAAGGAGAGGCCACUUUCCUUCUACAUAUGUUGAAGAGCUGCCAGUCCUAAAUGCAGCAAAGUCUUCUGAUGCUUAAAUCAUGUAAAGGAUGUUUAUUGACUCGCUUUAGAAGAGAUCAUUUUGCUUUUUGGUGUAAGAUAUUCUAAUGAAUCACAGGUAAGACCAUAAAGGUACUGUAAAAACGUUAUUUUGGCUUCAUUUAUGUAUUUUUUAAAGGCGUCCAUAACAAAAUAAUAACAAAAUAAUAUGGCAUGACUGGGCAUUAUUAGGAAAAUGAAUUACUAACAUAAAAGAAGUUGAUAUUAGGACUAGAACUCUUUUAAAGCCCCUGCACAGUUGGCUUUUUUUCUAAUCUGUAAAAAUAAAUAUUUCUGCAAAGAAUGUUAUAUAUUCCGGUUCCAUUUCAUCUGUGCAUAUUAAAAAAAUAAUAAAAAAUCACACAUUGAUCAUGUUUACAUCAAAGCUAUUCGCUAAUGUUAGCUAACGAGCUAUCUUAUAUUCGGCUGGUUAACCAGGUCUAGCUAACAGGUUUUAACUAUACACGGCGUCGAUGUAAAAAAAAAGAAAAAUGCCAGGGAGUCGUAUAACACAAUGUUAUAAAAAUAACUUUGUAGUCGAGCUAUAAUACAUAAAACUAGCAAA